GGUUGCCAUGGCGACAGGGCCGGGACGCCGAGGCCUAGCGCGGCUGCCGGGCCCCGCGCUUCUGCUCCGCGGUUGCUGCUGAUUCCUCCGACCCCCCCGGUUCCCUCCGGUUCCCCAGCACUCCUGGAGACCGCCGGGCCCGGGGGGUACCGUGCCGGUCCGUCUCCAGCGGCCUGCCCCGGUCGGGCGUUCCCUCCAUCCCAGGCUCGCUGGCCCAUCGCUCCCCGGCCUGGUGGCCCCGUUGUUCCCGGGAGUUGUUCCCCGUUGUUCCCGGGCCGUGUCCCCCCGGCCCGUCCCGCACCAUGGCGCACCUGCUGGGCCACCGCGGCUGCAUGGAGAGCCUGCGGGCCGACCUGCGGGACCUGCAGGCCGCCAUCGCCGACGUGUGCUCCCGGGCCGGCGCCGUGCGCUUCCCCUCCUGGAAGUUCCCCGACAAGGUGUCCUGCGAGCUGGACAUUGCGGUGCUGCUGCAGCGCUACCGGCACAGCGACAGCGAGCCCGAGUUCAGCCAGCACGCACACGUGGUGCUGCUGGAGCUGCUCAUAGACAGGUGA